UGUUUAGAAAGUCUAAAAACUCCAUUUUAACUAAUUCUGGAAAAAUUGAAAAACCCUACUAUUUUCCGAGUUCGUGGAAAUUAGAAGCUAAAGUUGUAGGAGUAACCAUGAAGGUGCGGUCAUCAGUAAGGAAGAUGUGUGAGUUUUGCAAGGUGGUCAAACGUCGUGGUCGUGUGUCUGUACUUUGCAGUGCCAAACCCAAGCACAAGCAGCGGCAAGGCUUCUCAACUUUUGCACAUGAAGGGCCCCUUAUAAACACGCCUGCGGAUAUAAGUUCAAAGCCAUUGAUUUCAAACAGCCCAAGCUUGCGCAUUGGUCUGGCGUCUGCUUUGCCUAAAGUACAGCAGCCUGCAGCACUGUUUGGUUGGAGGGAUGCUAUUGCUUCGCUUCUGUUCAAGAAAGGCAAUUAAGUAAUUAGCUAUUGUGAAGUACCCAAGGAAAUUAUAUACACUGAAAUUUCUGUUACAAUUGCAUAAACUUUUUUUAGCUAAUGACAAUUUUGUACGUAUCAGCCAUAGUAUUUCACCUUUUAGUAUUUGCUUAUUCUCUGUAUGUCCUAUGCUUUGACCUCUCUUGCUCUAAACUACUCAUUUCCUCCUAAAAUUGGAGCAUUUUGAUGAGAAAUUUGUAUUUUCUGCUUAUUAUAUUCUUGCUGUUAAGUAAAUACUUCCUCAGUUCUCAA